AUGAGUACUUAUAAACUGGCAGACUGGGCAGCAAAGAAUAAGAAUCUAAUAAUUGCAGCAACGGCUGUGACAUUUGUUGGUGGUGCAGCGGCAAGUUAUUAUUAUUCAUCGGCAGCAAUCGCACCAGCCACGGCAUCAGCUUCAACACAGAAGAAGAAGAAGAAGAGUAAGAAGAGCAAGAAGAGCAGCACUGAUGCACCUUCCCCACUCUUAGAAGAGCUUUCCCCUCAAGACAGAGACAGCGUCGCACAAGACUUCAAAUCAAAGGGAAACAAGCAAUAUCAGCAGCAUCAGUGGAACGAAGCCGCUAUAAACUACUCAAAGGCAAUUGAGUCAUCUACAAAGCCUGAAGCUGUUUUUUACUCCAAUAGAGCUGCUUGUUAUAACAACCUCGGCGAUUACAACAAAGUCAUCGAUGAUUGCAACGAAGCCUUGAAACUAGACAGCGAAUAUGUUAAAGCCUUAAACAGACGCGCUCAGGCUUUCGAACAACUCGGCAACCUUAAUGACGCUCUCAACGAUUUCACAGCUGCUACCAUUAUUGAUCAAUUCCGUAACGAUAGCGCUGCUAAAUCUGUUGAAAGGGUGUUGAAGAAGUUAGCAGAGACUCAAGCAAAGUCUGUCUUACAGUCUCGCGGUGAAAAACUUCCUCAAAUCUCUUUCAUCCAGGCUUACCUCAACGCUUUCAGAGAACGCACUCCUACUUCCAUUCCUGAAGGCGCCAGUGCAGGUGACUUGGAUCUCGCAGACGCUCUCAAAGCUGCAGACGCUAAAGACUUCAAUUUAGCCAAAGAAAAGGUGGAACAAUCUCUGAUCAAGGGUGUCUCAAACACUCAAUUAGAAGCUGAAGCUUUGAACCUUCGUGGUACAUUCUACUUCCUUCUCAACAACCCAAUCAAAGCCAUAGCUGAUCUUGAAAAGUCUGUUGAGUUAUCCCCACAUUUCUCUCAAUCUUGGGUUAAAGCUGCUAGCGUCUAUAUGGAACUUGCCAACCCGCAAGCUGCUUUCAAGGCAUUCGAUACUGCCAUUGAAAAGAAUCCUCAAGAUGCUGAUGCUUACUAUCACCGUGGACAAGUAUACUUCAUUCUUUCAGAUUUCAACAAAGCUAUAGAAAACUAUGAAAAAUCUGUAGAGAUUGACGACUCUUUCCCACUCGCUCAGAUUCAACUCGCCGUUGCACACUACAAGAAUGGUAAUAUCGGUAAAGCGAUGGCAAUAUUUAGAACAUCAAUCAAUAAAUUCCCUCAUAAAUCAGAUGUAUACACUUACUACGGUGAGCUGUUAAUGGACCAAGGGAAAUUCGAAGAAGCUGUUGAGAAAUUCGAUAAGGCAAUUGAGUUGGAUAUGGAUAGAUAUCCUGUCAACGUCCUCCCAAAGAUCAACAAAGCAUUAGCCAUCUUCCAAUGGAAGCAAGAUUUCAACACUGCUGAGUCAUUAGUCAGACAAGCUGUCACAAGUGAUCCAGAGAACGAUGUCGCUAUUGGUACACUGGCGCAAUUAUGUCUUCAACAGGGUAAAAUAGAUGAAGCUAUCGAAGCAUUUGAGAAAUCCGCUCAAGUUUCACGCACUGAACCUGAAUUAGUUAAUGCUAUCACAUACGAAAAGGCAACUAGAGCACAAGCUCAUUUCAUCAAGAACCACCCUAACGCUGCAGCCAAACUUGGUCCACUUGCUCAAUCGAUGGGUGCGGGUGGUGCAUAA